AUGAGCGCAGCGUUCGGUCCGUCCUUCAUGGUGAUGCAGCGGCCACUCGGAAGCACCACCGCCUUCAGCAUCGACUCUCUGAUCGGGGGGGCCCCGCAGCCCAGCCCGGGACACUUCGUCUACACCGGCUACCCGAUGUUCAUGCCGUAUCGGUCGGUGGUGCUCCAGCCGCCGCCUCCGCCUCCUCCAGCCCUGCAGCAGGCUCUCCCCGCCGGCCACCACCCGCACCCGCAGAUCUCCAGCCUGCAGAGCGGCUUCUGCUCCAGUCUGGCGCAGGGCCUGACGCAGGGCAUGGCGCUUACCUCCACGCUCAUGGCGUCGCUGCCCGGCGGAUUCUCGCCGUCCCAGCAGCACCAGGAGGCGGCCAGGAAGUUCGGCUCCCAGGCGCUGCACGCGGUCUUCGACAAAACUCAGGAGCUGCGGCUGGACGCGGAGGACGGGAAGAGUUUCCUGCAGGGGAAAGAGUCCGCGGCGCUGCAGGCUUUCCACGACACGGACACGUCUGUGCAGACAUCCACAGUCAGAGCACACAGUAAAGACGACUCCAAGGAGGACGAGUGCGGCCGGAAAGACGAGAGUUUCUCCAUGGACAGCGACUUGGACUACAGCUCCGAUGACAACCUCACCUCCAUGUGCCACAAGGAGGACGGGGACGGCGGCGGCGGAGGCCUGGACGACGGCCCGCACCUUCACGGCUCCACCGGCGGCGGCUCCGGGGCGGGCGGCGGCGGCGGCGCGGGGAGCGGCGGCAAGAACCGGCGGCGGCGGACGGCGUUCACCAGCGAGCAGCUGCUGGAGCUGGAGAAAGAGUUCCACUGCAAAAAGUACCUGUCGUUAACCGAGCGCUCCCAGAUCGCGCAUGCGCUGAAGCUGAGCGAGGUGCAGGUGAAGAUCUGGUUCCAGAACCGGCGCGCCAAGUGGAAAAGGGUCAAAGCCGGAAACGUCAACAACAAGUCCGGGGAGCCGUCCCGGAACCCCAAAAUAGUCGUCCCCAUCCCAGUGCACGUGAGCCGCUUCGCAAUACGGAGUCAGCACCAGCAGAUGGAGCAGGCCAGACCGUAGAAGAAGAAGAGUCCAGACUGAGACAAGGAACCGCUUUUCAAGUGACCGAAUCCCGUGUUGAUGCUUUUGUUCCGUCUCAAGAGUUGAU